AUGGAAAUCCAACGCCCACGCCGUAUAAUGGCUCUUGGAGCCCCAGGCUCUGGCGUCCUCCAUCUCCUCAAAGACCUCACUGGUUCCGCCCCAGAACUCCUCUCAGACACCACAGCUGGCCUAUCACACACCUACACCCUCAGCACGCGCUACUACUCCGCUACGCUCCCCAUAUGGCUGGACGAAAUCCCCUCCGUCUCCGAAUGGCGCGCCGAAUUCACAAAGCCCGAAGCCAGAGAAGUCGUAUCCGUACUCGGGGCGUGGAUAUUUUGUUUCCGAAAGCCCGUGACGCAGGACCAUGUCAACGAAAUUAAAGAGGCACUACAAGCUAUUGCCGAUGUCAUUGAGAAGGCGUGUGGGUAUGGCGCUGAUAUGGUGUGCCUAGCCGUUGCGAUGCCGCAGUCUACGACCCCUUUUUUGGAGCUGGAAAGUGAGGAGUGGGAUGGGAUUUGUAUGGAAUAUGGGUUUGAGUUUGUGGAUGUGGAGGCUAAGGGGAAGAAUGCGUUUGGGGAGGCUGUGGGUGUCGAGAGGGUGAAGGAUGCGCUGAGUGCGCACAAUUGGGAGGGUGGGGAUGGUGAUGUGGGGUUUGAUGGCGAGGAGGAUGCGCAAGGGUUUAAGGAGAGCUUUGAAUUGGAGGAGGUGGAGAUGGGGAUGGAGCUUUUGGGGAUGAAGGGCGCGGUUCAUGGGGCGGAGGAAGAAGAUGAGCGGGUACAGGUUGAGGAGCUGGAGAGUGUGAUGAGGAAGAUGGUUGCUAUUAAAGAGAUGGGCGAGAGUAUGCCUGAAGCAGAGCGAAAGAGAUUCGCCGCCAAAGCUGUCAACGACUUAAUGAAGGACCUUUGA